GUCUGCUCAUAAAUAAAUAAACUUUUUAUUAGCUACAAGCACAGUUUCAUAUUUGCAUUUCGAAUUAUGAAUCGCGUGUUGGCAGGCGCACUCGCGGCCGGUGCACUGCGGCGAACAGGCGCAGUGCCCGCAGUAUGCCACAGGCAACUCCACAAAAGUGCAGCGUGCCGGCGGCAGGCAGCCCGAUCAUCGGAUGAUCACGGCAAUGCACGCGGGAAGCACCUCAUAAAGCAGCUAGCCGAGCUCCAAAUCCGAAGAGCUCCCGAGGAUGCCGUGCCAAAACGCAGCGGCAAUAACAAAUACACACGCGUAACACACCCCAUGUUCAGCGAGUGGCCGCACGACAGCAAAAUCGACGCUGACUUUGCACGAGUCCAGCGGCAGCUUCGGCUGAGCUGGUUCAAGCAGAACACGGAGGUGCGCAAGCGCUGCGCCAACUUUGGAAUCGACAGCAGCACAUUUGUAGAGUGGAGCGACAGGUUCGCCCAGGCGGCUGGGGCCGAAGAAAUAGAGACGCUGCGCGCCGAAAAUCUCGUUCCCCUACUGAUCCGCGACGGGCGCGAGGCAUUCGGCGACUACAUAGUCAACCAGUUCUUUGCGUUUCUCAGCGACAAGGCGCCACACGUCGUCAAGAACAUCGGGUACCUGCGGCGGAUCACGGAUCUGCGGCACCCGCAUGAGUGGGCGGCGACCACGCGCAAGGUGCAGCGACGUAUCAUCAUGCACGUGGGGCCGACCAACUCUGGCAAAACCUACCAUGCGUUGCAGCGGCUGCAGCAGGCGGCCUCUGGCGUAUACUGCUCACCGCUUCGUCUGCUGGCAUACGAGGUGUACGAUCGGAUGACGCGCGCGGGCAUCUCGUGCUCGCUGAUGACGGGCGAGGACCGGCGGCUGGCUGACUUUUCAGCACCUGGGCUGAACCCCAUCGGGAUGUCGAUCAACGGGGAGCCUGUGACGCAGAUCGACUCGUGCACGAUCGAGAUGGCACCCAACAAGCCAUACAACGUGGCGGUUAUUGACGAGAUCCAGAUGAUUGCUGACAGGCAGCGGGGGUGGGCAUGGACGAACGCGCUGCUGAACAUCCCAGCGGCCGAAAUCCACCUGUGCGGCGAGGCCUCGGCCGUGCCAAUCGUCAAGCAGAUCUGCGAAUCGCUGGACGAGGAGGUCGAGGUGCGCGAGUACACGCGGCUGGGCGCACUGCACACCAGCAACAAGGCGCUGCAGGGCGACUGGAGUAAGGUGCAGCGCGGUGACUGCAUCGUGUCGUUUUCGCGCAAGGGGAUUUACGACAUCAAGAGCACGAUCGAGUCUAAGACUGGGCUGCGCUGCGCCAUCAUCUACGGCGGCCUGCCCCCGGAGGCGCGCGUCGAGCAGGCGCGGCUGUUCAACGACCCGAACUCGGGCUACGACGUUCUUGUGGCCAGCGACGCUAUUGGCAUGGGAAUCAACCUGUCGAUCAAGCGCGUGAUCUUUGUCGAGCUGAGCAAAUUCGACGGCGGCUCCAUGCGGCCGAUCAGCGUGUCGCAGACCAGGCAGAUCGGCGGGCGUGCCGGGCGGUUCGGCUCGGGAUCAGAGGCCGGCGAGGUGACGACGAUGGAAUCUAAGGACCUCAAGCACCUGGCGCUCUCCAUGGAGAAGCAGCCGCCGGCGCUGGCGGCUGUCGGCAUCAAGCCUACGACCGAGGCGAUCGAGACAUUCUCGCACCAGUUCCCCGGCGUGCCCUUCUCGCAACUGUGGCCGAUGUUCCGCGACGUGGCUACGGUCAGCCCUGGCUACUUCCUGUGCAGCUUCCACGAGCAGGAGAAAAUCGCAACGCUGGUCGAGCACCUGCCGCUUUCUGUGCGCGACCGCUACCAGUUCAUCUACGCGCCCAUCAACACGCGCAGCCCGAUUGUGUGCAGCUGCCUGGCCAAGUACGCGGCGGCUGUGGCGCAUGGCACCGAGUGCCUGGUUGGCCAGGUCGUUAAGCUGCCGCCCAAGCUGCCGACGAACCGCAUCCAGCUGGAGGUGUUUGAGCAGUGGCACCGCGCCAUUACGCUGUUCAUGUGGCUAUCGUUCCACUUCCCCGAGACGUACGUCGAGCUGGACGAGGCCAUGGCGCUCAAGACCGACUGCGAACGCAUGAUCACCGAGGGGCUGGCCACCAUCCGCUCGCACAAGAAGGCAGAGGGCCUACCGCCCAAGGCCACCCCUGGUGCCAAAGACACUAUCGAGGCGGCCGGGAAGGCGGAGACCAAGGCGCGCAUUCGCGAAAUGCUAGGAAUCAAAGUGUGAUUAAAUCAAGCGGAAUGCAGUCUGCUGCUGCGUCAGAGCUGCGUUGUUCAGCCGGUCAGCUGCCCAUGCUCUUUCUCUUCUCUUUUUCAAUUUUAUUCUUCUCUCUUCAAUAGC